CUGAAGGGUUCCUGGAAUACAAGGCAGGGCAACAGAGUGAUGUCACACAGCCAACAAUAUCGUUAUUUACACAGAAAGUGCAGCUCUACAGCCCACAAUCGCCAAGGCAGCAAGCCAUCAGUGAAGCCAUUGUUCAAGAUUUGAUCAUUGGAUGUUGUCUGCCCCUCUCCCUCGUGGAAAAUGGACACUUUAAACACUUUCUUGAAGUCCUGGACAGUAAAUACACACCAAUCUCUAGAAAAACAGUUUCUGAGAGACGAAUUCCAGAAUUGGUCAGAAAAGUCAAGGAAACUGUCUUGGAGAAACUGAAGACCCAGUCGUCUGUGUCAUUAACAACUGACCUUUGGUCUGAUCGCAGGCUACGCUCCUUUCUUGGGGUGACUGCCCAUGUGUGCUACAAAUCUAAAGAUUGCUAUGCACUUGAAUCCUACCUGCUGGACUGUAGGCGUUUUACAGGGAGGCAUACUGGAGAGCACAUUGCGUCUGCCUUUGAGGAGAUCACUGAGGAAUAUGGUAUUCGUGACAAAAUUAGCUAUAUCAUAACAGACAAUGCACCCAAUAUGAAAUGUGCUUUCAAAGUACACAUGCCCCAGCAGCAAUCUGAUGACAGUGAGAGUGAAGAGGAUAAUUUAGAUGACGAGCACUUGUGGGAGGACAUUAAUUCAGAGGAAGACAUUGACUUACCAUGGUCAUCUGGUGAACGUCUUUCCUGCUUUGCACACUCUCUCCAGUUAGUUGUGCAUGAUGGUAUGAAGGAGGUCAAGACCAUUUCUCGCACCAUAGCAAAAACGUCAAAGUUCGCAACCCUUUUACAUAGCAGCUCACAAUUUAAAGAUAAGUUUGAGGCUGCAUUUGGCACCAAUAAAAGUGUUCCAGCUGCAAAUACAACUCGUUGGAACAGUACAUUUAAACAAGUACAGGCCCUUACAACUCUAGAACACAAAUCACUCAGUGAAAUGUGCAACAAAGACUAUGAGGAUGUCGUGUUCAGUGCGCGGGAGUGGAACCAGCUAAAGGAGCUAUGUAUAGUUCUUUCUCCAUUUGCUGAAGCAACAGAGCUGACCCAAGGGGAAAGAUCAGUGACUAUUAGUAUGGUGGUUCCAACUGUACUGGACUUGAACACACACCUCCUCAAGAUGGAGGAGACCCGAAUGCAGUGCCGGCCGUUGGUCAGAGCCCUCCAGCAGUCUCUGGUGAAAAGAUUUUCUGGAAUCUUUACAAAAACAAACAUGGCCAAAGACAGUGGAAGAGAGGAACCUUUUAACCAUGAUGUGUACUUCUUUGCUGCCAUGCUGGAUCCACAGUUUGGCUUAAGCUGGGUGGAUUUAGAUGUUACCAACGGAGGUAAUGCAGCAUCGGUGAAGAAGUUCAGAGAUGAACUUAAGAAGACACUGACAGACACAUUGAUCUUUGGGGUGGAGAACAUGGAGAGUACAGAUGACAAGUGCUCAGAAGCCAUGAAUGUGGAUCCAACCAGUCAUUCGCCACCAGCCAAAUGCCCUCGACUUCUGUCACGCUACAAGGCACAUAAGAAGCACAGCUCCUCUGUCCAGAAUUCAAGUAUUGCAACACAAUUAAACAGACACUUUAAUGAUAUAAGAGACUGUGACAGUGACAAUGCUCUUGCCUUCUGGGGAGAAAACCAGUCCAAAUAUCCUCAACUGCACAAUUUGGCUUUGAAAGUGCUAUCCGUCCCUGCCUCCUCUGCACCAGUGGAAAGGGUUUUUAGUCGAGGAGGCAUUGUAAUGAGACCCCAUCGUGCACGUUUAGGUGCAAAAAUGCUGCAGUCUCUAAUCUUUCUGAAGUGCAAUGAAACCUUACUUUAAACUAAUUUUAUGUAUCACCUACUUUAUUUCAACCACUGUUCAACUACAUGGUUAUCCUUGUUCUCGAGUUUUGCCAUUGACGUUUUCUAAAGCUUUGGCGUAUUAUGAAACUGCUUCCAGUUGUAUAAUUUUAUUUUUGAAACGCAUGCAGUUGGGCCUCUAAAUGUCAGAUUUCUUUAUUAUGUAUGUUAUGUAUAAGUUGCUACAUCCAUUCAACAGCAGAGUUAAAGAUGCAGUAUGUAACUUUGUUAAAACAAAAAAAUAUCUUUGUAAAAGUUAUAUAGUUUUUUUUAUAUAUUUAUGUCACUAUGUUGUGUCAGUAUGUUAUGAGACCGACAAGCUGUGAAAAUAUUGAGCUCCUCUGCCUUUUCUCCAUGUUCCCAGUGCUAACUGGAGAAAUACACUGCUUGGUCAAAAACAAACCAUCUGAUCCAGCAAAAGGGUCUUAGAACUGAUAAAAGUCAGUCAUGUUUUUGUGCACGUAUUUCAAUGGGGUUUGUAUUUCUGCAGAUGGCAGUAGUCGCUCAGGGAGGAAGUGAAGGAGAUCAAUCUUUUUUUCAACAAAUUAUCUGUCUCAUAACAUAUUGUCACAACUUGGUGAUAGAUAUAGAUUUAUUUAAGAAAAGUUAUAUAAUGUAGCUAUAAUCUGUAUACGAGAGAGAAACGAGAGAAAUGAUUGGCAUUUUUUCAGUUUUACAUAUUUGCACAUGGUUUUGAAAUAGCACAUUUAAAAACAACAUAAAUGUAUGUACUGUUCAUGAAAGGCAGAGAAAAUACUAUUUUGAUCGACUUUGAUUGUUUGAAAUUCUGUGAUUACAACAUAGAAGUACUAAAUAAAGAUGUUUAUGUUUAUUCCA